AUGAAGGAGCACAACGUCGAGCUUGACAUGGAUGCCAAACACAGCGACGACCUCUCAACCGCGCACAACGACGACUCGUCGGCACUCUGCCUGUCUCACAACCCUGCCACCACUCUCACCCGGCUUCACCCGCUCUCUGCGUUCUGUGGUUAUCUCAGUCCUGUAACGCUCUCAACCCCGCUUGAUCCUAACCUUCCUCCCCACUCAACACAACCGCUUUACCCUCGAUCUCGCGCUCACCCCGCAACGCACUCCCUCCCCUUUACAUUUCCUCUCAUUUAUGCGGCUAAACACCUGACAUUCUUCCUAAACAUUGCAACUCGCCGCACUGUGUGUGGCCUUCCACAGGCGGCGAUGGUUUGA